GGUCUUUGCUCCACCCUCGCCUUCUCCCGAGCACACCUUCCGCGUGGUACGGCCCACACCUUUAGAGCGGCGACGGGAGCAGACGCUGAUCGCGUUCCUCCGCCCGCGCUCGCCAGGCUGCCCCCCUUUCGAGGGCGCGCUUGGUACGGCCCGCGCCGCCUCCUUCCCUCGCUGGGGUGGCUGCCCCCCCUUCGGGUCGGCGGCGCUUGGUGCCGCCCGGGAGAACCAGGUCAUCGGUCGGCUCCCGUGAAAACAAAAACAAUCGGUGGCGCCGCGGCAGGCAGCCGAACGCGGCGAGCGGGGAACGGAGAGUGGGGGCGCGGGGCCGGGGGGGGGCGAACAAGCGAACGGGAGCGGCGGCGACGCGCCGGGAGCCGGGGCGCCAUGGGGCAGGCGGGCGCGGGCUGCGCGGGGCUCCCCCGGCGCCGGGGCUAGCGCGUCCGCCGCCUCAGCCGCCCGCGCCGCCCGCCUGGGGGACGAGGAGCAGGACGCGGCCUCGGCCGGGCCCGGGCUGAACGGCUGCGGACACCCGGGCGCCGGGGAGCCGAGCGCCGCCGCCUCCGGGAUGGAUCAGUGCGUGACGGUGGAGCGCGAGCUGGAGAAGGUGCUGCACAAGUUCUCGGGCUACGGGCAGCUGUGCGAGCGCGGCCUGGAGGAGCUCAUCGACUACACGGGCGGCCUCAAGCACGAGAUCCUGCAGAGCCACGGCCAGGAUGCUGAGUUGUCAGGGACACUUUCACUUGUUUUGACACAGUGCUGCAAAAGAAUAAAGGAUACCGUCCAGAAGUUGGCCUCAGACCACAAAGACAUCCACAGCAGCGUUUCUCGGGUUGGAAAAGCCAUUGAUAAGAAUUUUGAUUCUGACAUUAGCAGCGUGGGGAUAGAUGGCUGCUGGCAGGCGGACAGCCAGAGGCUCCUCAACGAGGUGAUGGUGGAGCACUUCUUCCGACAGGGAAUGCUGGAUGUGGCCGAGGAGCUCUGCCAGGAAUCUGGUCUUUCUGUAGACCCAAGCCAGAAAGAACCUUUUGUGGAGUUAAAUCGAAUAUUAGAAGCAUUGAAAGUCAGAGUUCUGAGACCUGCUCUGGAAUGGGCAGUAUCCAACCGAGAAAUGCUCAUAGCCCAGAACAGCUCCUUGGAGUUUAAGCUUCACAGACUAUAUUUUAUUAGCUUAUUAAUGGGCGGAACUACAAAUCAGCGAGAGGCAUUACAAUAUGCUAAAAAUUUUCAGCCAUUUGCCCUAAAUCAUCAAAAAGACAUUCAGGUUUUGAUGGGAAGCCUCGUGUACCUGAGACAGGGGAUCGAGAACUCGCCAUAUGUUCACCUGCUUGAUGCGAACCAGUGGGCUGACAUCUGCGACAUCUUCACGCGGGAUGCUUGUGCCCUCCUGGGGCUCUCCGUGGAGUCCCCCCUCAGUGUCAGUUUCUCAGCAGGGUGUGUGGCGCUGCCAGCUUUAAUUAAUAUCAAAGCUGUGAUCGAACAGAGGCAGUGCACAGGAGUUUGGAACCAGAAAGAUGAAUUACCUAUUGAAGUGGACCUUGGUAAGAAGUGCUGGUAUCACUCUAUUUUUGCCUGUCCUAUUCUUCGUCAGCAAACAACAGACAACAAUCCACCCAUGAAAUUGGUCUGUGGUCAUAUUAUAUCAAGAGACGCCCUGAAUAAAAUGUUUAACGGUAGCAAAUUAAAAUGUCCAUAUUGUCCAAUGGAACAAAGUCCAGGGGAUGCCAAACAGAUAUUUUUCUGAAGAAAUUAGUUUGCAAUUUGUAAGUGAAACUGAAUGGAGGCGCAUUUCAGAAGAGAACGUCCCAUUUAAUGCAGCUAACCAAGGACUCCCAUGUUUAUAUAAGCUAACGCUCCAGAAACUUUGCCAACAUUUUAGUGUGCACACACUGAGGGAGUGCUCUGGGGGACACCUGUCAUAGGGCUUUAUUAUAUUCUUGGUCUUCAUUUCUGAUCAAGUAAAUACACCAGCAGUUGUCAUUCAAUGCAGGUUUUUGUACUUAAUUAUAUGGUGAUUUUUUUACUUUUUAAGAGCAGAAACAGAAAUUGACCUCCCCGCCAUGUGUUUAAUAUUUCUCCUGCUUUUACUUUUGUCAUUCUCUUGAUAACUGUUAAGCCUUGAGAAUGUUUGUGAAGAAACAUGUUGUGUAUACAUAAUUAAAUGAAAAUUCUUCAGAAGCAGUUUGAAAAACUGAAUUGUGGUCAUGAAGCUAAUUUGCAGUUUCUUUUGCUUAAGGAAGAAAGCUGUGAUAAAUUCCAAAUUUGCUUUUGGAUGUUUUCCUCUGCUCCAGCUCUCACCGAGAAGUUAGCAGACCUGCAUCUGAGCUCUGCUUGUAGCCCCAGCGGGGCUGCCUUCUAUAAAAAAAUGCCGUCAUAAAUUUUAGCAGGUUGGUGUGAGAAAUCUUCCACCAGAACUGAGUGGAAGCACUACUAUUAUUUCUUUGCUUUUAUUGCCAAGAGGUGCUUGUUUUUAAAAGUGUGUUCAAUAAAACAAAAUUCUGAAGUUAGACGUGUUCUUAAGUUGCUAUUUGCUCUCUUGGUCUUGGUAGCCCUCUUCUCUGAAAUCUGCCUUCAGGACUUGGCUGUCUAUUGCCUUUGUAUGUCAUUGCAGACACAGUGUUUUGUGUGUGUGUGUAUAUAUGUGCACCGGCAUCAAACAUUGUGUAUCUGGAAGGGAAGAAGCAUGUUCCAGUCCUAAAAUGCAGUUACCAGACUUACCACUUUAAAUCCUUAAAGUUAGAAGCUAGCACAUUUUCUGUAGUGCAGAAUAUGUUUAUUGCUGUUUUUGUAUUUGAAUAGUAUACUGUUCAAUGCCUCUCUUCUGCAAAGUGUAUCAUCUCAUUGUGAAUCUCUAUAUUAUUCUACUGGGUACCGAUAAUGAUCCUUUCUCUCGCGAGGUAUCUUCAUUUAAUGCACUGUCCAGAAAUAGCCAUGUGUAAGAGUCUUUCUCUGUAUGAUGAACUACAUGAAAAAGACUUUUGUGGACAUAAUUCCGACUUAAACCUACGAAGUCACUUCAUUUUGAGAAGAAUGUCAUAUGGAAACCACCAAAUACUUUGCAACUCUAUUUCAUCUGACUGGGAACUGAAUAUCAGUACAGGAGAACUUUGAUGAGAAAAGGAAGAAAGAAGAAUACACAGGAGCAGAGAGAAAUGUGACACUCCACAUUUUACUGCAGAUUGACUUCGUUUGCGGGGGAGGGAGCUGACAGAUCUGGUGCUGAGUUAAUUGGAGCCUGGCAGCAUUCGCUGUAGCGGUCCGGCCUGGAUGGUUUGUCCUGAGAUGUUCCCCUGGGAGAGCCGGGACUCGCUUGUGAAGGAAGGGGUGCUGCUUCGCUGCUGCGUGUGGUCCGGCUGAUGCUGAGGGUCACUGUGCACUGUGGGGCGCAGCCAGGGAUUUGGCUGGGCGCUCCGGGUACCCGCUUUGCCCCACUUCCGUCUUGGCACCACAGCGGCUUUUGCCCUGCGUUUCUGCUUUCCUGUUGGAACCUGCAGGUCUCCACUAACACAGUGAAGGAAGAGAGCAGAGAGCAGCUCCUUGGACUCUAGAAGGAGAAGGUAGGGAAUUCCAGGCAACACUCUGGCCAAGGAUGUAAAACUGCUUUAUUAUGUAUUUUUUUCCUUUGAAUUAAAACCCAGAGUGUUACCUUUUUUUUAACUUUUUUUUUUUUUUCUCGCUAGGCCAGAUUUAUUUUAGUCACAGGAUAUUCUCACCUUUGCACCUCAAACACCUACACAACAUUUAGGCUUGAUGUAUGAUUUGAACAGUACAGACAUUGCUCUCAAGGCUGGUGGUAAAUAUUUUUGGCGACCAGACACUUAACAUAGUUGGCUCAGGCCACUUGAAGGACAAAAGCCAGAGAGAGCUCUGCUUUGUCCCUCUCCCAGGAUUGGGGAUCCUGUGGACAGCUCUCUAUGUGGCCCAUGAGACCUUAGAAAGAACAUGCUUUAACUGAAGCGUUGGACUUUACAGCUUCCUGUGCAAGGUCCCUGUGGUCCCACUGGGCAGGGGUAGGGCCAAAAAUUGGGAACUCUUGUUGAUCUGACAAUUUCACGUGAAAAUUUUGUCGUGUGACCUUCUUUAACUAAAUGCAUGGACUUAAAAUUCUUAGGUGACUAAACGUGGAGAAGAGAGGUGGGUUUGAAGAAGCCAGACCUUAACCAAAGAUGCUGAAGUACAACAUGCUGACCUUUCUGCUCUAGACACACCUUCACCUUCACCAGUGGUGGCAGGACUGUCGCUGGAGCUGUCAGUCAGCCGGGCGGGAGGAUGUGCUUGGUCACGCUCUGCGUUCUCGCAGGAGGUCGUGAUAAAGCUAAGGUGUGUUACAGUCAGACUAAUGAUAACAGUGUACGUUGAAAACAGAAUUUCAGAGUGGUUUCUUAAACAUUUCUUACUAAGAAGCCAUUUCCACUUACCGAUCACGGACAAAGGCCAUGGGACUAUGCUAAACCGAUAAAACCUUAGCAGAUCCUUAGAUUCUGAUUCAGAGCAUCUGUGCUUUCAAGGACAGCGUGAAGUGCAGCGGCUAAGGUUGUCUUUUGAUCUUUUUUCUCCUGUGUGUGAUCUUCACAGAUGCCAUUUCUGUUGCUUCAGUGGUGAUUAUAUGAGACUUCUAAAUACAUAAACGAACGGGUAUUGGUGCCUCUUGAUUUUUAAAAUUUUGAAGAAAAGAGCCACCUCAUAUUCAUAGGGUGUGUGAGUAUUUUGUGAGUGUAUGAGCAUUUAACUGAAAAUAAGAGUUACGAAGUAAAUCUUUAGUUUUUUGAUUUUUUUUCGGUAGCAGCUAAUGUAUACAGAGACACUAAAACCCACACCAAGUUAUGUGGGCAAUGAGGAUCCUUUUUUCUCUCCUGGUGGUCCCACAGGUUAUGCGGUUUAAGUUCAUUGUAUUUUAUGCUGUGAGUUAUUUCCACCUCGGUGGUUUCAGCCUUUGGGACAGUAGAUAACUGCAAAAACCAAGAACUCUUGGGUUUUCUGCACAAGCUGCUGGUAGACAUUAGCCCUCUGGUUUUCCAGCUCAACCUCUGAUUAAGUGGAUUGACAGUCAGGCUGGUCAGUCUGCUUAGUCAGCAGACUCAGGUUAUUUUCAGGGAAGGCAUGGAGGCGUGUUUGGUUAAUUUCAUCACCAGGAUGUGUCAGGUGAAGACACAAACCAAAUACUUUUCAUCACCUAACUCUACGUACAUUAUGUUUGGUAACACUGGCGUGCUGUGGCCUUGGGGGGACAUGAGCGAGGAGCACGCAGAAGGUUUGGUGCAGCACAGCGGUGUUUACCAUAAGCAGGUACAAACUUCAUGAACUGUUCUUAUCGAACUAUAAUUGAAUAGAUACCAAAAAUAGAAUGACAAGUGUAUUUUAAUAGCAGACGAGGCACUUAGUUUUAGGGCGAGUUUUCCCGCUGUUGAUUUUACUCAAGACAUAGGGAGAGAAAACAGUUUAGUUAUCAAGACAUUUCCCUCUACAGUUCCCCACUGUAGUGAGCAGAUGCUUCCUUUACUUCCAAAGCGGCAGAAGCAGCUGGAACUGGCUUAUGGCACAUGCUUUGUUUCAUGUUAUGGGUGAGGACCGACACUCUUGUUUUAGCAGUCACUUUGACAUGUUCUCCAGCAAGGCAGAUGUGGGGGUCACUAGGACUUAGUGCCUGAUCUUUUCUUUUGGGAAGGGGUGGGAGUGAAUGUACUGGGGAUGGGAGGGAAGCAGGAGAAGACGGAAGCGUGAGUGAGUGUGCAUGUGUCUGAAAUUCACCAUUUACCCCCACCUGUGUCCAGCAAAGGAACAGGUACUUAAUGUAUUUUGCUCAUGACUGCAGUGUGCAUGUAUUUUUCCCCCCUCCUCCAUGUUUUCUAAACUUACGCUGAAAGGAUUCAUCAAAUCACCUUGUUCCGAUGGCUCAGGGUUGUAUUUCAUUUGCUUACCCUGUGCUCUUGGGUUCUAUAGUGUUUCUAUAAUUAUGUAACAAUAGUGUUGCACUGUAAUCUAUCAUAUAGAGCUAUAUGUAUGGAAACUUUUGAUCAGUUUUUUAAGAAAUGUAUCCUGUUUGCAAAGGCACAAUAAAGUUGCAUCUUAUAGACUAUAGGCAAUAAAGCUAACAAUAAACCUUAUUUAACACAAACUGUA